GUCGCUUGAUAGUGACGUAAAAUCAUCGCCAUAAUAUGCGAGUUGCGAAUUCAACGAGGGUCAAGAUGCAUGUUCAAUGUCACUGCAUUUUUACAACAUUCUGGAAUAUGUAAGCUGUCCCUAGAUGAAAAUACGAUCCACAUCAGGACAAACGACGAUAUAUCUGAGAUAAGGUAUGCCCAGUUUUGACGCAAUUUAUCAUACUUGCUGUUCAGCUUGACAGAUAUAUCUCUAACGUUAGCCAGCUAGCAAUCUAGCUAGCUACUUGCUAAAGUUAGCGUCGCAGUGCAUUUUCCAUAGUACAAGGCAUGCAAGCUAGAUAACUAUCCAGACCGAUGGCCAUAUCCAAAAUGGUUUGGCAGAAUAACUUUAAAAAUAAACGUUUAGGUUGGUAUCUAAUGUAGCUAGUUAACGUUACCAAACAUUAUAUAGGUAGCUAGCUAACGUUAACUAGCUGGCUACCUCAGGUUUGUCUAACGUUACAUAUUUUUAAUAUAUAGCUAGCUAACUUUACUUCCGAAGUUAUCGAUCCGAUUCGAUGAUAAAUCAGAUUAUUCACCUAACGUCACCAUGUAUCAAAACAAUUAUUUUUACGUUGAGAAAUAAUGGCAAGACACGUGGUGUCGGGCUUGAGUGCAAACUAGCUAGUUACAUUCUGUACAGUGUCAUAUUUCAAGGACAUGUUUUGGUUGACAGUACAGUGGUCCCCAUCAACUGUAGCGAUCAUAGACAUUUUUUUUCCUAAGCUAUAGACACUACUCAUAAACUAAGUUCUCAUUGAGUGGUGUCUACCCAAACUAUUGCAUCCAGAAUCAUAGGUAGGGCUAACCAUAGGCACUUAUUUAGAGCUCUUUCUAACCUCUGCUUCUUCUUCUUCAUUCACAGGCUGUGACCAUCAUCCCUCCCUCUUGCCAUCUGUCUGCCAUGUCCACCCAGGCAAGUAAACUGUUUGUGGUGGCGGUGCGGUCUGCAUGUUGCCACCCCGGGGCUAGGCCCACCCUGAAGCAGCCUGCCUCUCCCUGUAGCCUCAGGGUCCUGCUCCAGAGACGGGCCUUCAGCCUGGACUCGCUGUCCUCCGGCCCCGGCCGGCCACAGCCCCAACAGGCUAGAACAGACCGGACAUCCCCCUCUUCAGCCCCAACCCACAGGAACCUGUCUGCUGUGGCUGUCUCUGUCCAGGUAGAGAUACCAGUGGUGUUUAUGGACAAGUACAUUCCAUAACACUGUAUCCAUAACAACAGCAAACCAGUAGCUCCAGAACUGUGGGAAAGCUACUGGGUUUGUGUUGUUUAUGUUAACAAUGUCUUAUUGGUAUUGCACAACAGAACAUCGACAUUACCAUGGUGAUUAAAACACAACAUUUCAGGUAAUAACACAUCAAAGGGAUUGCUCAGUCAGUCAAUCAAUCAAAUGUAUUUUAUGUAGCCCCUUUUACAAAAGCAGUUGUCACAAACUGCUUUACAGAUACCCCACCUAAAACCCUACAAAGCAAUGCCGAGGCAGAAGCACAGUUGCUAGGAAAAACUCCCUAGAAGGCAGGAACCUCGGAAGAAACCUAAAGGGGUGGGGGGGCACGAGCUCUGGGGACCCAUGUAAACCUUUUUAAUUUCCAUAUGUACUAGGAAGCUAUGUGUUUUGUUUCUUGGGCUCCAGGAAUGUGACUGAAAAAGUGCCUCAGGCCUUGAAAAAUGAAACUGAUUGAAAGUAUAAGGGUAUCGGUAAACAUAUGCCGUGGUCAAGGCUGCGACGGCGCCAGUGUAAUGAGUGGCACUUACUCAGGUGUUCAAAAGCGCAUGUCAGACCGAGAGCCUAAUGCUUCUUACUAGGGAUGUGACAAAUGUACAAUUUCUCUUAACGUUUAAACUGCCAUUUGUUUUUUACAUUUAGAAUGAGGUGAGUUCACAAUUCAGAUGUGGUUCUGCGUAUGACCUCUAGGGGGCAAAGCAGUUCAAUCUACUGCAGUCCUGGCUCCUACCAAGCUACCUACCUACCUGUAGUCACUAGUUGCUACAGUCAUAAAGGCAGCAGAUUUCUACAAUUUCUCUUCUUAAAAUUGGAUUUUAAACCUAAGCACACUGUUAACUGUAUGCCAACCCCUAACCUAAAUUAAGACCAAAAUACAAUUUUUGUUUUCAUUAAUUUUUACGAGAUAGCCAAUUUUGACUUUGUGGCUGUGGUAACUAGCAACAUCAGAGAAACGAGAGUAGUGCUUCAAAUACAGCAGUUCUGCAACAUCUUUAAUUGAGCCUCUCAUUCUCCUUAAUUGCCAUCCUCAACACAUUACAGAAAGAGAUGAACUGUAUAGGACGCUCUGGGGACAGGUCGUCUGGAUACUGGACAGCCAAUAAAUUGGCAGAUGCAAACAGAUUAUCAUCUUUAACGGAUAACAGUUCUCGGUUUGAGUUGUGUGGUUGCAAUAUCAACAGUCCCUUAUCUCUGGUAUAUCUUGGCAUGCAUCAUUCAAGACUGAGUUGAAAUUGUGUGCAGCGCAAUGGACAUAAUAAUGCCAUUCUCAGGAAAGUCUAUCUGAGUUGGCAAUACUCCGUUUAGAAAACAGUCGGGCCUGCAACCUGGACCUACAGGUUGUGGCAAAAACAUUUGCACACAAAAAAGGAGGACUUCAGGGGAGUCUCAAGUUGGAUUUAAUUGAAUUUACCUUGAAUAUUGCAGACCAAUUGUGUAGGCUAUUAGUCAGACAAAACCCGCAGAGUAGUGGCUGAAUUAAUCCACAAACCGACUACUUUUUUCCACAAUUGUUAGGCUAUCUGAUAUAUCAUUUGAUUAAAAGUUACUAAAUACGGUAUGUAGCUAUAGAUAGUAGGCUACACUGCAUAAUGAAACAAUCCCUAGUAAGCUAGUGUUUUGAGGGUGGACUUGCUGUAUUAUUUGGUAUUAAUAGACUGGUUUUACGCACAACUUUCUAUCCAAGCUGGGAGAGCGCACGAGGACAGCUCAUGUCAUGCAGGUUCAGGUACAAUCUGCAGUGUUUACAUUUCCAACUUGAAUUACUGAACAAGUAAAUACAUUAUUGCCAGCAGUCUAAAAAUGGCAGCAUUGCGACACCUUGUAUAGAUUCGUGAAAUGUUAUGCUUAACUUGAGAAAAUGGCAACAAAAUAGGCCUACCAAUAAACAUUUAUUCAUUAGCUUAAGCAAAGCUAUACAUAUCCUGGCACCACAGAAAGCCUAUCAUUGAUUCAGUAGACAUGCAGCCGCAUAGACUUGUCACAAUUUCAGCACCACGGACAGCGAGCAGUAUAGUCUGUACUUUGUGAGUGGCUGUCUGGCUGACACAUAGUUUUUAUUUAGGGGGGAGGCAAACAGCGACCUUGCUGGGGUUCAGAGAAACUGCGUUAUGCCAGUGGUGGCCAGUCCUGGGUAGACAUUAUUAUUUUUUUGAAUGAAGGAGGGAAGAUGAAAGGGGGCGAGAGAAGAGGAGAAUGUUUGUUAACGUGUCUGUCGUGUGUGUUUAGGACCAGAGUCGCCCGCUGUGCAGGUAUGACUUCCUGGACCUAGGGGAGGUAGAGGAGAACACUCAGAGGGCUCAGCUCUGUAGAACCAUCAGAAGGUUCAUCAUAGAGCCAGCCCUGGCCAAACUGGUCACACACCACCUAGGACCUGACCUGGAGGACAGCAAGGCCGCUAUAUUUGAAUGUAACCCAGGUACGUGGUGUCUGUGUGUUCUAUGUCCUUUGGGACUUGUGUUGUCUGUAACAAUGGGGGAGGUUGUGUGUAUGUGUGUGUGUAUGUGUGGGUGGUCAGUAACAAUGGGAGAGGUUGUGUGUGUGUGUGUGUGGUCAGUAACAAUGGGAGUGUUCAUUAGAGUGUGUGUCUCAGGCCCAGGGGUGUUGACUCGGACUCUGCUGAAUGCUGGAGCUCAGAGAGUGGUGGCGCUAGAGGGCGACAAGUCCUUCCUACCUGACCUGCAGGUGAGUUUACAGAGCCUUUUAGGGCCAGGGUCGUUUUCAGUAGGAGAGUUAAAUGUCUUACAUCUUCAUUGUACCAACAUUCUGGCAUGUGUCUAGGCUCUGGAGAGUCGUCUGGAUGGUCAGCUGGAGGUGGUCCACUGUGAUUUCUUCAAGCUGGACCCUAUGGGCAGAGGCAGCAUGAGACCUCCGGCCAUGUACUCUGACAAACUGUUCACUGACCUGGGCAUAUCAGAGGCAAACUGGACCGAUGGUGAGACACACACACACACACACGAAAAAGACAUACAAAGACACAUCAUCAGACUCAGAAUCACCUUUAUUUGCCAAGUACAUUUAUACCAGGAAUUUGACCUGGUGAAAACGUGCUGACCACAAUAAACAGGAUAGUUUAUUCUAUCUGUUUUUCCGUGUUUAUGAACGUUUUUUUGUGUGUGUAGAGGUUCCAGUGAAGGUGGUUGGCAUGUUCCCCCAGCGCGUUGAGAGGAGUCAGCUGUGGAAGUUGGUGUAUGUUCUGUUUGAUCGGCUCUCCAUCUACCGUUACGGACGAGUAGAGCUCAACCUGUUCAUCAGCGAGAAGGAAUACCUGGUGAGUGCGCACAGACACACACAGACUCAUUGAGAGCAAAUGUAGUGGUGUUUUAACGAUGGUGUGAAUGGGUUUUGUUCUUUCACUCCCAUAGAAACUGAUGGCUAAGCCAGGGGACAUGUUGAACUACAGAGCCUUUGGAGCUUUAUGGCAGAUAGCAUGCCACAUCGAACUGCUACACAAGGUGAGCGGGAAGGGAGGACCGGAAAUAAGGGGGAGGGAAGUAAGUAGAUAUACCUGGUGGAAAGAAGGGGGAGAGGGAAGUUAGUAAAGGUAGAACUGGAGGAAUGGAAAGUGAAAGAGGUGAGAGAAUGUCAGUCCUAUGUCCUUGACCAGGGAGACAGCAAAGCCAUUAAAGUAUUUCCCUCCACUCCUGUCGACAACAAGCAGAUGUCACAGAGCUUUGACAGUGGCUCUACUAACAGAUGCUCUUCUCUGUGUGUUCUCUUUCAGGAGCCAUGGGCAUCGUUUGUGACCUCUUCUAAGUACAAGCUGGCCAUUCCAAAGAGCAGAGUAAGGAUUCACUGUUCUACCAACAUCAUAAUGGGACAUUCACUUGGUCAGAUCCUCCUGUGUUUGAAUAUACGGUGAAAGACAAUAAGUCAUGUAGUGUUAUUAACGUGGUGCAUAUUGGAGACUUAUUACAAAUGUCAGAGAAAACAACUGCUAAUUCUGCUCUUCUGUGUGUGUUACAUGUUAUUAUGAUCGUUGCUAUUGAAUUAGUCUUCUAUAAAGUGCGCUGUAACGGCCUAGCUAUAACCAUUAGAAAAGACACACAAGGCCUGAAGCCUGUCGUUUCCCCCUCCGUCCUUCAGCUUCCUAAUGACAACCUGUGCCUGGUGCGAAUGACACCUCGCAAGGACCUGUUCUCCUCCUCGCUGACCCCCUCCAAUGCAGCCACCCUGGUCAUGAUGGUCAAACAAUGUUUGGCCAAGAGGAAGGCCCGGCUAGUAGACCGGCUCAAGUGAGUGGAACGCGCGUGCACACACACGUGGAGACAUGGAUACAUACAGUGAGGGGGAAAAAAGUAUUUGAUCCCCUGCUGAUUUUGUACGUUUGCCCACUGACAAAGAUCAGUCUAUAAUUUUAAUGGUAGGUUUAUUUGAACAGUGAGAGACAGAAUAACAACAAAUAAAUCCAGAAAAACGCAUGUCAAAAAUGUUAUAAAUGGAUUUUAAUGAGGGAAAUAAGUAUUUGACCCCCUCUCAAUCAGAAAGAUUUCUGGCUCCCAGGAGUGCUCCUAAUCUCAGCUUGUUACCUGUAUAAAAGACACCUGUCCACAGAAGCAAUCAAUCAAUCAGAUUUCAAACUCUCCAUCAUGGCCAAGACCAAAGAGCUCUCCAAGGAUGUCAGGGACAAAAUUGUAGACCUACACAAGGCUGGAAUGGGCUACAAGACCAUCGCCAAGCAGCUUGGUGAGAAGGUGACAACAGUUGGUGCGAUUAUUCGCAAAUGGAAGAAACACAAAAUAACUGUCAAUCUCCCUCGGCCUGGGGUUCCAUGCAAGAUCUCACCUCGUGGAGUUGCAAUGGUCAUGAGAACGGUGAGGAAUCAGCCCAGAACUACACGGGAGGAUCUUGUCAAUGAUCAAGGCAGCUGGGACCAUAGUCAACAAGAAAACAAUUGGUAACACACUACGCCGUGAAGGACUGAAAUCCUGCAGCGCCCGCAAGGUCCCCCUGCUCAAGAAAGCACAUAUACAGGGCCAUCUGAAGUUUGCCAAUGAACAUCUGAAUGAUUCAGAGGAGAACUGGGUGAAAGUGUUGUGGUCAGAUGAGACCAAAAUCGAGCUCUUUGGCAUCAACUCAACUCGCCGUGUUUGGAGGAGGAGGAAUGCUGCCUAUGACCCCAAGAACACCGUCAAACAUGGAGGUGGAAACAUUAUGCUUUGGGGGUGUUUUUCUGCUAAGGGGACAGGACAACUUCACCGCAUCAAAGGGACGAUGGACGGGACCAUGUACCGUCAAAUCUUGGGUGAGAACCUCCUUCCCUCAGCCAGGGCAUUGAAAAUGGGUCGCGGAUGGGUAUUCCAGCAUGACAAUGUCCCAAAACACAUGGCCAAGGCAACAAAGGAGUGGCUCAAAAAGAAGCACAUUAAGGUCCUGGAGUGGCCUAGCCAGUCUCCAGACCUUAAUCCCAUAGAAAAUCUGUGGAGGGAGCUGAAGGUUCGAGUUGCCAAACGUCAGCUUCGAAACCUUAAUGACUUGGAGAAGAUCUGCAAAGAGGAGUGGGACAAAAUCCCUCCUGAGAUGUGUGCAAACCUGGUGGCCAACUACAAGAAACGUCUGACCUCUGUGAUUGCCAACAAGGGUUUUGCCACCAAGUACUAAGUCAUGUAUUGCAGAGGGGUCAAAUACUUAUUUCCCUCAUUAAAAUGCAAAUCAAUUUAUAACAUUUUUGAUGUGUUUUUCUGUUUUUUUUUGUUGUUGUUAUUCUGUCUCUCUCUGUUCAAAUAAACCUACCAUUAAAAUUAUAGACAGAUCAUGUCUUUGUCAGUGGGCAAACUUACAAAAUCAGCAGGGGAUCAAAUACUUUUUUUCCCUCACUGUACACAUAUGAUCUUGCACAGACCGUUUCAAGUGAGCGCUGUACAAACUUAAAUAUUAUCCUUGUUGGCCACAUUGAUAAUAAAGUCCGCUCACUCUCUGUCUCCGUCUCUCUGCCUCUCACCCUCAUUCUCUGUCCCAGUAUGUGGAGUCCAGACAGUGGUCCUAAGCUACUGAAGGAGAUGGGGAUGCAGGAGGAUGUACUGACGGGCCAUGUCUACCCAGAGGAGUACAAACGGCUGUUUGAACUGGUGGAUAAGUCCCAGGAGUUCACCCAGAGCUGGCUGUAUGAGGAGGUACUGGAGAACACCCUGAAGGAGGGCUGGAUGUAGACACACAGCGCCACCACUAGGACUGGAGGGGUAGUGCAGCCAGGACUGACAAACUGGCUGUCAGAGGCUACAAUUCUAGAUACACCCAAGUUGUUGGACUGUUGAACCACUCCCCACGUCAUUUUAGGGUUGUCCUGAGAUGAUGUUGAGUUUGGUAUUUAACCUUUUUUUAAAGGGGCAACAGUGUUUGGACUGAGCUCUAUGUGAGUGCUGUCCAGUCGAGCCGAAGAGUUGACUGGUGAAAGGCUGCUGAUCCUACCCACCAUAGGCCGUUUUCUCUAGGGUUGGUUAUGAGUAGCAGCAGAAAGGUUACUUUCUGCAAGGUUAUAAUGAGUCAAGAUGUAUUUAAACCAAUCACAUUUUGUCACUGUUAUUCAUGGGUUUUUAAUACUGUAGUUUUUUUUUGCUAACACAGCACAUUAAAUGAACUGGGUCAUACUAGUAUGUGUUGCCUGAACCCAAUGUUGAAUUGCAUUGAAUAUUACAUCGGGAAGAAAUUAGCGUUUGAAUCAGGAAAGUUUCCUCUCAUGACCGCUACAAGCCAGAAUGUUGAAUUAAAUGAUAUUUUAAAGUACUUCACCGGUUGUUCAUGCGGUUGGUCCUUUUGGAGGAAGGAAUGUGAGACAAUAUAUCCACAGGAAAGUAUGAUUACAUCAACUUUUCAAAGCGCUUGUAGUGCCUUCAGAUUUAUAUCAUUUGAAGUAUGCGCAGAACCAUGUGAAGACGUGCACGAGCUUGGCAAGGAUGCA